AUGUCAUGGGAGUUGCCCGUCUUGACUACUCUCAUCCUCAGCGUACUUGGCUUCUGGUGGAUUUAUAGCCCUCGCGCCAGCUACCAGAAGGCCCUGCUCUACGCUUUCCUCUGCAGCCUCACCGUCCUCAUCGAUACUCGUCGCCUGCUCGAAUACUUCUCUCCGGCCACGAUCGAAGCACUGCUUGAUUUCCGCAUCCAUGUUCUUCUGAUCCAUCAUUUCAAGAUGGUCUUGACACUUGGUGCUGUCGUUUGGCUGCUGCAUCGCUCGUGGCAGACAUUAUGGAAGCCUGUUCCAGAUCUAAUUAACAUUCUCGGUGUCGACGUACCCGAACCUCCUGAUGUUUCUCUCGCUGGCAUUCGAUCCGAUGCUGCUACAUUGAGUUGGACUCGUCCAGCCAGUAAUCGACCGGUACAAAAAUACACUAUUCAAGUCAAUGGCGUUCAUGUUGGUGAUUCACCUGGAAAUGAAGUCGCAAUAACUGUAACUGGUCUUAAACCAGAUCAUUUUUAUAACAUAAGGGUCGUUGCUGUCGGCCCGAAUAAUUUUCAAGCCGGAAGCAAGGUCCUACGCCUCCGGACUUUCGGAAAAGAUGGUAGACCUCAAUUGGGUAACUCACGCUUGCCUACCAGCUUUGCCAACAAUGACCACCCUCACCCCAAGAAUGGCGACGAAGAUGACGAUUCGGAUUCGCAAAAGAAGCCUCCAGUGCCAACGGUCGAGGCGGCCCCGGUCCUUGACGGCAACAAUGCGUCUACGUCUGAUGUCACCGCCACUGUUCCAAGCCAGCGACGAAAUACGGUCAACCGACGACACUCACCAUCCGUUGCUAGCAUGGAUCAACCUCAGAUUAAACUUCCACUCGUCGAUGGCCCGGAAUUGUCACUUGACGAACUGAACCGCCGAUUCGAGUCGACCAGGAAGGAGGUUGACGAAACCCUUGCCCAAUAUGCCAAGGAGGAAGCCGAACUCCAGCAGCAGGAGGAGGAGCUCAAGCAAGAGAAGGAAGCCAAAAGACAGGCCUUGAAGGAGAAAGAGGAGCAGACUGCACAGCUCAAGGCCAACGUUCGUACGACCAUGGAGCAGAUGCGUGCGGCAGAGAAAGACCGGGCGAAGAAGGAGCAGCAGUUAAAGGACAAGGAAAAUAAGAAAUCCAAAGUCCGAGAUACUGCUACCAAGCUCGAGAACGACAUAGAGAGGAUGAAGAAGGAGCGAGAAGGCUUCGAGGCUCAGAAGAAGGAGUUGGCAGCGAAGAGAGACCAGGAUGGCCAAGACCUUGAUGAUUCUAAUGCGGAACUGCAAGAGAAUUGCGCGGAACUGGAAGCUGAGCUUAAGGAGAAGGGAAAACAACUCCAGGAUCUAAAGGCUACCCGAGAAGAACUUCCCGGUGCCGACGAUGAGCAGUGGAAGGAGAACGAUAUCAUCGUACGGAAAGAGUGGGAUGCAAGGCGAAAAGAGUUGCACAAUCAGUUGGUAGCAGAAACCAAGAAGCAACAUAAUCUGGAUCAGCAGAUUAGGUAUCUUAGGGAGGAACUGCAACACAUGGGACUCUAUUACAACAACCAGCCAGACCCUACUGCCAUGGAGUUCGAGCCCUCGGGAGCUCCUCAGGACCCCCGAGACAGUGGAAACUUCGACUCGCUUUCCCACCUCAACUCGCCACCGCACAACCAGUUUGGACCACCUGACGACUCUUUCUCUGGAUUCAGUCGCGCAGGAUUCGGUCAAAUAUUGUUUAUGGAUCACAAUGCGGCCGACAAUGCUGACGACCAUCAGUCAGAAGCCGAUUUCAGGGCUAAUGCCGGACCUCUCAGCCCUACUGCGCAUUCUCUUAUCCCCUCAGGAAUUUUUGACGAGACAUUUGAGGAUGCUGCAGAGCAUCUCCCAAACCAGUACUUGCCGGAAUCUGUUACAGCUGCAGAAGAGGACCAUCCGCAAUCGCCACUAUCAUCGGAUGGCCGCUCCCUAAACAUGUUUUCCAGCCCUCAUGGUUCAUCUCACAACUUGCCCUUUCCCCAGUACAACGACAUGGACUCCCAAUCGCUCAACAUCAACUCAUCUCCCCAGCAGCCACCUCUUCCAUCGAGUCACAGGCUUUCUAGCUUGUUGUCUAACUUUCAGCGCAGCAGGGGGCCAAAACCAGCAGAUGUUGAAGGACCCGCGAUUGGCAGUCUCAAGGCCGGCCAGAGCCAAUCGUUCCCGCGAAGCACUGACGAUCAUGAUAUGCCCGGCAACAAGCGCAGAAUAAGUUUCUCAUGGAUGAACAGGCAUUCGGGGGCAGAACCUAGCAGGACGAGCAUGGGCCCUACAUCCAGGCCGUUCUCUGCUCGAAGGCUCAACCCGUUUGCCAGCAGCGCCGGAGCCCUCACAGGAGAAAACGAAUCUCCAGACUCGCGGCCUGCAUCGAUCGCAUCUACCGACCUCCCCCGGCCUUCGACCGACAGUGGCUCUAUCUGGAAUAUUCCUGGUGACUUCUCCAUGCUAGCCAAGAACCGAGUUUGGUCGCCGAAUGAAGGACGUUGGUCUUCGAGGAACCCAUCCCGCCGACCUUCACUUGGUGCAGCCCCGACCGUGCUUGAGACAACACUUGCAACAGCCAACGAUGAAAUCCUUGACGAUGACGACCUGCUCAAUCCUCAAACAUCACCUAGCCAAGUGGGUGUCAUCGGAUCACGUCCUCCAAGUCACCGAGCGUCAAUGAGCCGAAAUCUCAACCCUGCGGCCCCCACGUUUAGGACACCUUCUUUCUUCAGCCGCCGAGAUAGAGAUGCAAGUCCAGACAGGGGAUCGAAGGGCAGAGAAAAGCGCGGUAAAUCCAAGGAAGGUCGCACGAAGGGUUUAGAGGCUUUGACCCCCACCAUCGAAGUGCCACCUAAUCUUGAUGAUUCGCCAACAAGCCCACGAAUGUCUCGUGACGCACAUUCUGUUCACACUCAAAAUUCAGUAUCAGAAUCCCAUGAGUCUUUGGAUUUGGGCAUGACAGCCUCAAACUCAACUACGGACAACAAUACUGCGAGCCACAAGGAUGCUGAUAGCAGUGUGGUAAAAAAGCUGUUCAGAAAGGGAAGCUCAAGCAAGUUCAGCACACUGUCUUCCAGACUGAGCAAGGAUUCCGUUCUGUUUAAGAAGGGGCCUGGUAGCAGCACAUUUUCUGAAAAGAACAUGUCAGAGCACCGUUCUAGCAUUGGUGAUGCUGACGAUCUUGAAGAAGAUAUGGCCCAGCUUGGCCGUAGCUACGACAGCAUGGCUAGCAGCCCGUCGAUUGGUCAAGGCAGUUUUCGAUCCAAGGAUGCACCAAAGGAGGGCCGCAUGGGAACAUGGCGAUUCUCGAUGAAAAAGAAAAACAAGGAGCCUGCUGCGAAAGAGAAGGAAAGCAUGGAAAAUGACGGGCUCGUAGAUGAGUAG